UCUUCGUCCACCGACAAACUUUGGCUAUACUCGACGGCCCGGAUGAAAAAAAAGUCCGUAGGAGUUACAUUUUUUAUAUUUGUAAACAAACUCCGAAAUACCUAGCGGUGAUUAAGUCAUACAUCACCGAAAUUUCAAAAUUUGUUUAUAAAUCAACUACCAACCAAUAUUUUAGUUGAAUCAAUCAAAGAUGACAAGUGUGUAAGUAGUAAAUAUGGCUUUUCAAAUGCAAUUGGAAUCCUUGUUGGGCAAUAAUACCAAGUACUUGUCAGAGUUGAAACAAUCUGUUGCCAGGCCUUUAAUACAACUUGCGGUGAAGUCGAUUGAUCAAGAAUAUAUUGAAGAAGGAGCUCUAGAACUUGUGAGCAAGAAUUUCAAUGUAGCCCAAUCAAUGGUUGAUGAAUGGUAUUCAGCUAUUUUCAACAUUAUGAAAUUGCAUUUGCGUUCUCCUAGUAUAAACAUCAAGCCACCUGAAUUCACGCAAUGCUUACAGGAGUUUAAAUUCACGCCAGAAUGUAUUCAAGAUAUACUUGCAGUUCUUACAGGACCAAAGAGACCUAACUUGCUAUUAAACUUUGCAAAAAGAGUCGAAUUUUUUCCUCAUUUGGUAGCGUGUAAAUGGAGAAUAGAUGUUGUUAUUUCUUCAAGCACCAUGUCAAAGGUUGUACAGCCAUACAUUCUGAUGGAGUGGAUUUUGAGCAAUGGACAAAGUUAUGUUUUUGAAUUGUCUGUUCAACGAUUUCAUCAGUUAAAAUACGCUAUUGAAAAAAUACUUCUUCAUUUAGAUAAGCUUGAAACUUAUGCUGUAAUUAAAAAUGCUAAUUCCUAGUCGUUUCUGUUAAUCAUUAAUCUUUUGAUAAUGAUUACUAUUUGUACAUGUCCACUUUAAAAAUAAAAAUUUCUUAUAUUUUUAAA